CCCCUGACGUAAUCACUGAAGGGAAGAAAAACAUCCCAGAGAAAGCGAUCCGUAAAGUAAACCCCUCAAGAUGCGCGCUUAUGUCCAAUCCGAAACACAAACAUGAAAAGAGAGGGAAGGCGAUAAAAAGGGCAUCUCUUGGAGUGGUAGAGCUGCAAUAUGAGAUUGAACUAUAAGGGAAACCAAGAUUAAAUGAAUGAGAGAACAGAAUUCUGCUACUGCUGACCCCUUAGUUGAACAGCUUAGACUUUGCUAAAUAGCAGAAUACAAUUUGGGACAAGACAUGGGAAAUUCACAGUACAAGAAGCUUGAAAAUGAAGAGGAAAAGGAAAACAUAAACCCAAAGCUGCGCGCAAAUAUACUUUCUAAAAUCACUUUCUGGUGGAUGAACCACAUUUUUUAUAUUGGAAACAAGAGACCUCUGGAGGAAUCGGACCUAUACCCUCUCAUAGAAGACGAUAAAGCCGAAUAUCUAACGGAGAGACUGGAAAAAGCAUGGAGCAAAGAGUUAGAAAAAAUACCAAUGGGCAAGAAACCGCGGUUUUGGAAGGCGCUGAUGCGCGUGUGUCCAGUAUCGGAAUAUUUCUAUAUCAUUGCUCUGGUACUGACGGACAUGGCGAAUAGAAUGACUCUGCCCGUGUUACUGGGAUUUCUGAUUUCAUAUCUAAUGGGAAUCAGAGAUCUUGGUGCGAGUUUCAGGUACGUGUUGCCGACUGGAAUCUGCCUGACGUCCCUCGGUAGGAACUUAGCCCAGCACCACUAUCAGAACAGGUCAGCUCUCUUAGGGAUGCGAUUCCGCGCGGCAGCGACAGGGAUACUUUAUAACAAGGUACUGCGCAUGAGCCAGAGUAAGCUAGCCAAGAUCAGUUCCGGUCACGUGAUCAACCUGGUGUCCAAUGACAUUCAGCGCCUUGACCUUGCGACUCAGAACCUGUUCGCGUCGCUGCGCUCACCUUUCGACCUCGUGGUGCUGGGUGUGCUGCUCUGGGUGCUGAUUGGCUGGCAAGCCGUCACUGGCCUCGCUUUCGCGCUUAUCCUCAUUCCCUACGAGGCCGAGAUGACAGGCUGGGUCGCUAAGCUGCGCAUGCAGGCUGCGCGUGUGACGGACCGUAGGCUCGAGGUUAUGAAUGAGGUUAUUUCCGGUAUCAGGGCCGUCAAGAUGUAUGCGUGGGAAUGGCCUUACAGGGAUGUAGUCAGGCAAAUAAGAAGAACGGAGGUGUUGAUCAUGCGUAAGAUCUACGGCAUCCUCUCCAGCUUCGCGUCACUACAGCACACGUACGAUAGCGUCAUCUGCCUCAUCGCGUUUAUCACCCUGGUGUUCACCGGCACCCGCCUGACACCCUACAACAUCUUCACCAUGGUGGGGUUACUGAGCGAGAACAGGCGCUCCCUGGUGUACGGUCUGACGGAUGGCAUGCAGCUCAUUGCCGACUGCUUCGCCUCGCUGGACCGCAUCGAGCACUUCCUUCUGAUUGAAGAGCUGAGUGAGACUGGUGGGUCGAGUCGGAAGGCGAGCUGCCAAGAGGAGCGGGAGGAGGAAAAUGAGGAGGAGAAGGAGGGGGAACCAUACAUCAGGGUAAACAACGUCGCCUGUCAUUGGAAUGGCACGGACGUGUCUCCAGUUCUCUCCGAUAUCAACAUGGACUUUAACGAGAAUAAGCUCGUGUUGGUGACGGGGCCCGUAGGGAGUGGCAAGUCCUCGCUGCUGCUAACUCUUCUAGGGGAGCUGCUACCGAGCGAGGGGAGCGUGAAGACGCGCGGGGAAGUCGUGUAUGUCCCGCAGACCGCGUGGGUAUUCAGUGGUACCGUUCGAGAGAAUAUUCUAUUCAGUAAGCCUUAUGACGAGGAGAGAUACCAGAGGACGCUUGAAGCAUGCGACUUGGCCAAGGACAUCGUGAGUUUACCGCAAGGCGAUGCCACGAUACUUGGCGAACGUGGGGCUAGUCUGAGUGGCGGGCAGAAAGCGCGCGUGAACCUCGCGCGUGCCGUGUACGCAGACGGUGAUAUCUACCUGCUGGAUGACCCCUUGAGCGCGGUGGACGCGAAGGUCGGGAAACACAUAUUUGAGAAUUGUAUCACGGGGGUACUAGAGAACAAGAUCCGCAUACUCGUCACCCACCAGCUGCAACACCUGAAGAACGCGGACUACAUCAUGAUCAUGGACAGGGGCGCGAUCUCACACGAGGGCGACUACCAGCAAGUGCAGGAUUCUGGGCUGGAUCUUGAAUCUUUGGAAGAGGAGUUCCGACAAGGCUGGGAAAAGUAUCACCAGCUGCACGACAAGGAGCAACCGCUGUCCAAGGAAAAACAGGCUGUCAAGAAAGCCACUAAGAAGGACACUUCGGACAGCGAGCCCAUCCAGGGCAUGGCUCGGAAAGCCGAGGAACGCCACGUGGGCACGAUCUCGGCCAAGCUGUACUGGAGGUACUUCAGGUCGGGUCUCCACGCGUGUUUGCUCAUCCUCCUCGUGCUACUGUUUCUGAUUGCGCAAGCGUCCAUCAUAUCGCCUAACCUGUGGCUGGUUCACAUGUCCCGGAUGAAGUGGGUUGAACAGAAGCACAAACUGAACCUUAUCAUCUACGGGUGUCUGGUGGGGGGGGCUCUCUUCCUGGCCAUAAUACGCGGCCUGCUUUACUACAUAACCACCCUGAGGUGCUCAGAGAACCUCCACGACAAGAUGGUCGUCUCUAUACUCAAGACGCCGGUUCAUUUCUAUGACACCAACCCAUCGGGUCGAAUACUGAAUCGGUUCUCGAAGGAUAUCGGUAUCGUGGAUGAGUUCCUUCCGCCGACAUCGCUACUUGCCCUUCAGUACAUUCUCCAGACGCUGGCAUCCGUGUGCGUCACAUGCAGCACUAACUAUUGGGCGAUAUUCGGCGUCGUCCCUAUGUUGCUAGGCUUCAUCGGUAUCAACAGAUAUUACUUGAAGACGUCCCGCGAGAUCAAGCGCAUGGAAGCAAUCAGCCAGAGCCCAGUCCUCGCGCACCUCGCGGACACGCUGGAGGGCAUCGUGCUGAUUCGCACGUACCACAUGGAGAAUCGAUUCAUUCAAAGGUUUAACGAAGUGCAAGACCACCGAAGUCAAAUCUGGUUCCUAGUUCCCCACACCGCGCGAUGGAUGGGUAUUAGACUGGACUUCGUGUGCACUGCCUUCGUUGCUAUAGCGACAUUCACCGGAGUCUCGUCCACGUCAGAUGCAGGCACGCUUGGUCUUUCUCUUGUCUACGCUAUCAGUACAGUUGGUCAGCUGCAGUUCGCCAUGAGGCAGACCGCUGACGUCGAGAACAUGAUGACGUCCGUGGAGAGGGUAAUGUCGUACACCCAUCUGGACGAGGAGCCUGGGUACUACAUCGAGAAAAAAGCACCGGAGUCAUGGCCUGCGCAUGGCAAUGUCAAGUUCGAGAAUGUCUCGCUCAGAUACUACGAGGGAGGCCCCCAAGUACUCCAUAACCUUAACAUCGACAUCAAGGGGGGCGAGCGAGUGGGCGUGGCCGGGCGGACGGGGGCAGGCAAGUCGUCGCUGGUCGCGGCCCUGUUCAGGAUGCCUGACCCGGAGGGUAAGAUCAUCAUCGACGAUCAGGAGAUCGGGCAGCUCAACAUCCAGAACACGCGACGAGUGAUCUCCGUCAUCACGCAGAACCCGACACUCUUCAGCGGAUCACUCCGCAUCAACCUCGACCCAUUCUCCCGGUACGACGACGCCGCCCUGUGGAACGUGCUUGAACAAGUGGAGAUGAAAGACAAAGUCAAGGAGUUGCCAGGCGAGCUAUACUUCGAGCUUUCGGAGUCCGGCAACAACUUCGGCGUGGGGGAACGUCAGCUGCUUUGCCUUGCGCGCGCGCUGCUCAACAAAAAUAAGAUCAUUGUGAUGGAUGAGGCUACAGCUAACGUGGACUUCAACACAGACCGGAGCAUUCAGGAGACGAUACGUAGCAAGUUUAGCGGCUGCACCGUCAUCACAAUCGCACAUCGUCUCAAUACGAUACUGGACUAUGAUAAGGUGCUUGUGAUGGAGAAGGGUCAGGCCAUGGAGUUCGAUAGUCCUGAUGAAUUACUCAAGAGAGGAGAUGGGAUGCUGACGGAGCUAUUCCGAAACCAGUCUGCCGCAUUAUCAUAAGGGUUUCACCUAUAAUAGCGACAAAGAGUAGAGGGGAUUCAUAUCCAAUAGAAAUAAGGCACCAUGUACUAGCGUGGAUAAUUCGCGAGCGACUAUAUUUGGAAAUACGAAAAAUAGAAGCGCGUUCGAUCAUCCGGGAACUCAGAAGUUUUACGGCGGGAAAAACGCACGCGACAUUUUCAUUCGCUGAAAAAGUUGCUUUUCUUAUACGGUGCCUUGUGCUUUCGAAUUGUUUGUACAUUGUCACACCAGAUUCAUCUACCAGUACCUUAUAUGUUGAACAUGAUAAAGGGAAAAAACUAUGUCAAGAAUGUGAAAUUGUUCAACUUUAGGUUUGUAUGACUCCAUUCCUUGAUUAUUUCUCAAGUUGACGAUCAUUUUUUUUCUGUUACUUCUUGGGUUGUUCAGAUAGUUUAUCUGUAGUAGACAGAAGGAAAAGCAUACAAUAAAAUAAAUACCCUAAAAUAAAAUAAUAAUGGGUGAACAAUUGGUUCAGCCAAAUAAGUAAAUUUUUUUUCAUUUUGAAAAACUAUACUAUCCACGCAGUAUUUCCUCUUGCUAGAGCGCUAAUAUAUAAUUAUCGUAAUUAUACAAAUGGGGAUUGAAUUGUGAUGGGAUUUAGAUAUGAAAGCUAGUUUAGUAAUUAUUGAAUUCGAAAACGGAAUCGUCUCGAACUUGUGAACGUAUGGAGAAUUGGGGAAAAUAAAUAAAAUCUAUCUGAAUCCA